AUGACAACAAGAAAACUGAGCCAGCGAUGCAAAUCGACAGACAAACUAUCAAAGAUGGCGUCCACUGGGAUGCAGAUGGAUCCGUUGUUUCUAGCGAUGAGUUUUUAUCGUCGAAGAAAAUUCGAGGAAUGCUCAGAAGUUUGUACAGACUUGCUGAAGAAAAAUCCUUAUGACCAGGUAUUUUUUUUCGGCAGAAAUGGUAUCAAAAGUACCUUUGAUUUCCGCCACUAAUUCUAAAUGAAUUUUUGGGCUAAACAAAAGUUAGAACUAUAGCACAAGCUUGCACUGAGCUUAAUAGUUUUUUUUCGUCAAUUAGGCUUCCUGGUGUUUAAAAACGCGAGCACUCACGGAGCAAGUUUACGUGGAUGAGGUGGAUGUUGACGAGGAAGGAAUCGCGGAAAUGUUGAUGGAUGACAACGCUGUGGCUCAGUUACCUCGUUAGUAUAACAUAUUUACUAAUAUUUUUGCUUUCCCAAACAAGAAAACUCGCAAUUUUAACUGGUUCUCUAUAUUUGAGGCUCUUUAUUUCUAAGGGUGGCGUUGACCAGAAUGCAGAUGGAUCCGUUGUUUGAACAGAAUUGUUUUGUUUGAAAGUUUUUUGCAUCUGCUGUGUCUACAUGUCUGGCAGCCGGACAGGUUUUUAAAAAUACUCCAUAUCUGGCGGUAAAAAUUUUUACAGAAGUUCCCCUGAAAUUUUCUUUCAAGCUUGUUAAGAUUAUUAGACAUUUUAUUAGAAGUGUUGAGUGAUUUCAAAACUUACCUUGAUAUUUUAGUGUGCGUACCGUAAAAUUGCUAGGUUUUCGACACCUAGAAAACAUUUCUGACUUGGUUUAUUGAAAAACUUACCCAGCAGUCAGAAAUAUUCACAAAAUCCAGACAAAUGAUACUCAUAAGAAGUUUGAGAGAACCUUUCAAGGGAAAUUCUGUAAAAAUCUCUGACUGACCUAUUACUUUCCGUGAGUAUUGAUCACCACACGAAGGACAUGAUAGCUUCAAAUUAAGUUGGUGACCAAGAAUAUUAAUGUAAAAUUAUAUUUAUUAAAAUGAAAGAAAUGCAGUGUAGAUCAAAAUUCUACAAAAAAAAAUUCAAACUUGCAAUGUGUUUUCAGGUUAUCUGAUAAUGAUCAACAAAACAACAUUUUCUAGAGGUAGUCAAGUAUUUUUUUCCUGAUGUGAUGUUUCACAGGAAAGAUUGACAUCAUAAGUUUUGAAAUUUGUUACAAGCUUUGUACAGGCCUAUAGAGUAAACCCCUCUUAGCAACAAACCUCAUAGCCAAGAUAUGUACAGAAAAAUAAGACAACCAAAUUUCAUUUAGAUGGAUGCAAACAUCACUGUAACUCUGCCAGGACUCCAUGUCUUCUGCUUUUGGUCUUGCUUUAGCUGAGACUUUGAGCCCUAAAAGAGACUAGUCUUUAAUUUCUUCUUACAAUGUCACCCCUAAAUCAAACAUUAAUGGCAUAAGGAUAAUGGAAAUGAUCAUCCACUAAAGGAGCUCUUGAUUAUUAAACAAAUUCUCCUUGUCUGCACCCCAGGAAAUGUUCAGGGAACAGUAUAGAGAAUAUACUCACUGAUGCAGGGGUUUCAAAAUGUUUUAAAGUUGGCAUCAGAUUUGGGAAAAGUAGGUGACUGUGAAAUGUUCAUUAAGGGCCAGAAGUUAAUUAUUUUGACCAGAGUAACCAGCAAUAUAUUAUCAACUAGCCAGUAGAACUCUGGUGGUUACCAGCUCAGUGAUGUCAGGGUAUAAAGGGUGAACAUGUUUUCUUUGGUUUAAUAACCAUCAGGACCUGGAACUUCACUGAAGAAACCAGGAACAAGCACGGGGCAUGGAGCCCCUACUCCUGGAGUCAGGUAAUACAAAGCAGCAACAUGGUACCCUUUCUGAUCAGGAAUUGACUAGCAGCUGAAUUUUUUUCUAGCUCGCUUUGCACUUUUGUGUAUGUCAUUAUAACAAAUGGAAUAAUUACUUCAAAGCUGCACUAUGCUUGUAUUCCAGACCCAUGUCCCAAUCAGGACGUCCAGUUAGUGGAUUUGUCAGACCUGGAACACAAAGUGGAAGACCAGGAACCAUGGAACAAGCCAUCAGAACUCCACGUACUGCUCAAACAGCAAGGUGUAGUAUACUAUGUAUUGGACAAAAGUUACAUAAUUUACAUUUGAAGAAAGUUCAUCAAAAGAUUGGUUUUUGUUUGAGUUGUGCAACUUGAAAGUUUGUGCUUGCUGCAUAGGAAUAUUGCUGAAAUUUUUAUCCCAUGAGUUAUACUGUUAGUGUUUAUUUGGCUGUAGACUAAGCAAUUCUUGCAAAAACUUAAGCUCUAUGUCUCUGUAGAGUUAAGCAAAUUCCGUUUUUUUUUUCUGCAAAAUAUUUUAGUCUUUGUGAAACAUAGUUUUUAUGCUUUUCACUCCCAAGAUCUCAAUAGUAAUUCUCCUUACUGUCUGCCAUACAAUUAUUGUAAUGUUAGUUUGGAGAAUUUGGUCUUAGAUCAACUACAUGUCUGUAACAGCCCCCAAAUUGAUAUUUUUCUUUAUUUGUAUCUCCUGUCUAUUUGAUAUUGUUGUGAGAAAUUCUGUCUUGGUCAAUUUUCAUCACAUUUUCUUCUGUGAAAUUUCCUAGGUGAUUGUUUAAGAGUGUCUAACUUAGUUAUACCCUUCCAGAGAUACAUGUACAUCUAGAGGCAGAAAACAAGAAUGUGUAAAUAAAAAUGGAAUAGCUUUUAACCCAUCUCUUGAGAAAAAUGUGAGAGAAUUGAUAAAAAUGAUAGUUGAGGGCAAAAUAUAGUACUACUUUUAAAUGUUUAAACAUAUGAGGCAGCUAAACCAAUAAUCUGUCAUUCAAAUUCUUAGACCAGUGACAAGUGCAUCUGGCAGACAUGUUCGUCUUGGUACUGUAAGUAUCUUGUAUGUGGAUUAAAACAGUUGGAACUUGGUUUUUUUUUUAAGGUCUGAAUGCCUUAUUUUUGAACUUGUUAUACUUUUUACUAUCCAGACAGCUUUCUGAAAUGUUAGUUAACAAGGUAUCCAUGCAUGAUAUACAAAAUUUCAAAAUACAUGUGCUUGAUUGGCAAUUCUCUCUCUUUUUAAAUUAUUUUGCUGUUUUAAUUUCAUUUUUGCAUGCAGAAGAUCCAAACCUUAAGAAACAGUUCUUGUGGAGUGAACUGCACAAAAACAGAACCCUCAUGGAAACUUCUUCUUUAUUUUUUUUAUUUUUUUUUCAGGCUUCCAUGCUGUCACAACCUGAUGGACCAUUUAUAAACAUUGCAAAACUCAACUUGUCUAAAUAUGCACAGAGGCAAAAUCUUGCAAAGGUAUGGUGUGCACAUCAACAUAUUACUUAAAAGAAAAUGAAUAAAUAACAGGAAAAAAAAGGAUUCUGGUGUAAAAUUUCUUCAAAAAUGAAGGAAUUUUAACACAUUUAAGGAGCAAUUCUGCUAAUCUUUUGGUUUUUUAAUUUUUCAGGUUUUGUUUGAAUACAUUUUCCACCAUGAAAAUGAUGUGCGAAAUGUAAGUAAUGAAGGAAAAAAAAUAAAACUAUGAAAAUAAGAAAAGCACUAGAUUAUAAUUGUAAGAUAAUGUCUCCCGUGUGUAUAUGUCAACUGUUGCUAAAAAUACCAGAAGCCGUAAUCAUAUUGAAAGUAAAUUUUUCAGAAUCAGGGACUGUUCCCUAUGGCUCUCUCACCGUGUUCAGUUGUAACCAAAUUACUGGCACUUUUAACAGUACCUUGAGCAAAACACCAGUAGGUAAUUAAGUAUUAUCAACUGAGUUGAUAACGUAAAUUGGCCACCGUAAAGAGUUUUAAGCUGACGUUUCGAGCGUUAGCCCUUCGUGAGAGCGAGGUUUGCUCUACCUUGAGCAAAGUUCGCUGGAACGAAAGGUCAUAGUAUGUUCCCAAGUUAAGACAUGUGCCUUUUCAAAGACUGUGAUGUACCUGUUCUUUUCAGGCAUUAGAGCUUGCGGCCAAAGCAACUGAAGAGUGUCAGUUUAAAGACUGGUGGUGGAAAGUUCAACUUGCAAAAAGUUACUACAGGUACAGUUACUCAUGUUUGAGAGAGCAAUUUUCAAUUGAGUGCUGGAAGAAAUCUGGUGUGUGUGGAAUUGCUUUGGUUGUUCUUUGUUUCGCUAUGUGAUUGUUCCAGAAAACUUUGCCACUUUCUUGACCAGUUAGAUUCGAAACGGAUUUUUUUGCUUUCUGUUUUCCAGACUUGGUAUGUAUCGUGAUGCCGAGAGGCAGCUUAAAUCUGCGCUACGUGAUCAAGACGUUGUGGAUACUUAUCUGUAUCUUUGUAAAGUGUAUAGGAGGCUCGACCAACCAAUGACUGCUGUUGAAGUAUACAAAAAGGUUUGUCUUUGCGCGUUAUGUCUCCCCUCACCCUCUCCACCCCUGUCAUAGUGCUGAGUUGUGUCUGUCCAUCCUGAGAUAAAUUUUCUCUUUGGUGUCAAUAGUUUUGCUUCGCUGUGCUCUCAGUGAUCGGUGAAGAACUUUCGCCCCCGCAACCAAUCAUUAGCGUGCUUAUACCGACUUGGUUACCCACGUUUUUCCCGGUUACGAUUAAUUCGGUAUUUGUUUAACGUCACAGAUCUAAAGGGCUCUGUUACAACAUUCUUACUUACUUUCCUCUAUUGGUUCUAAUUCCAUCCAUUCUGCAGGCCUUAGAGAAAUUUCCUGGAGAGACUACUCUUCUAACAGGAAUAGCCCGUAUCCACGAGGUAAGGAAAUAUAUCUCAGAUUAUUAACUUUGCCAGAACGUGUUUCUAAGAAUACUUGUUCCCAAUUACAAGGACAAGUUUCUGUGAUGUGUCCGUCUGACUUUUAUAAAGGGAACCUUCCACAUGACAAGAUAGCAACGGCCACGAUCUAACGAAGAAAUAUGUAGUGAGCAGAACAGUGGUCUUGUAUGCGUCUUUUUUACAAUUUUUCCGUUUCCCUCGAUCCUUUAUAAAAACAUUUCAAGAGAGAGGUCUGGGGCCUUUCCUGAAGUGAAAUGACACUUCAAAAAUGCUUUCGUAAAAGUCUAGAGAACAAUUUUAGCAGAUUGUCUUUUAAAUUUAUGUUUUUCUGGACGUCACCGUUGAGAUUUGCGUACAUGACCCUCACGGAAGGUAACCCCGAGUGUAUAUGGGAAUCAAUUUCUAACGGGGGAAUUCGUCGUAAAAGAUUUGCGUAAGAGAUUGCAGAGCACCAUUAAAAGUGUCAUUAAUUUUUCUAGUUCACCUGAGUUUUCUCAAAACACUGAUUUAUUUUUAUAGGAAAAAAUCUUAACUUAAGGAAGGGAGCAAAAAAAAUCAGUAGGCUUUCGAUUAAUGGCCUCCCUCUGUCAUCCGGCGGUUUGACUUAUAUGUAUUGAAUUGAUAGGAAAAAAUGUCAUUCAUAGCAGACUAAGAACUGCAGCAGACCUUUAUUGCUUUUCUUUGAUGUAUCCUCAGGAGUUAAAUGACAUGACGAACGCAGUCAAGCUGUAUAAAGAUGUUCUUCAUUAUGACAACACACAUGUGGAGGCUAUCGCUUGCAUUGCAACGCAUCAUUUUUACACCGAUCAGCCCGAAAUAGCGCUCAGAUUUUAUCGGUAAGUGCGUAGUGUUUUUCAGAGAUAUUUUAGAAGCCAACCUUAAAAAAAAAGCAACCAAACAAAUAAACAAACAACCCCCCCCCCCAAAAAAAAACCAAACAAAAAACAAACAACAACAAAAAAAAACAGCCAGUUAGAAGCAAAGGGCAAGAGAAUCUAUUUUUCCAGCGACUAUACCACUUACUUUUAUUCAGUGUUUUCUUUUAAGUUUUAAUCAAGAUCUUUGGGUAUUUUCGAAAAUAAAGCAGAGAUUAACAUAUAUCUCAGAUUAAGAAGGUAUUUCACUGUUUUGUCGGUUUUAAAGUAACCGGCGCUUCAGAAAUAGGUAACCGGUGAAAACGCCGGAAUGAAUACCAGAAUGGUGGGAAGGAAAUAGUUUUUGUUAGCCGUAACAAGUGCUUUGUUGAUGUGUGCGAAAUUUUUAGGGAACUGACCUUCAUAAUGGGAAAUCGCUCUUCUGCACAGAUCACGUAGCUUUACUCAUACACAUUCUUAGCCAAAUAUUGUUUCUCCGUUUCCCCCAGAUGGUGAUUUGGUAAAAAGAGAUUGGGGAAAGCUUUUUCAAUUUUGUGCACUUAAAGGUGCAGGAGUCCUUAGAACGACUACCUAUUCAAAUUACUGCCACAGCAGACUAGCAUGCUAAUAAAGCUGACUUUUUCCUUUCACAGCCGUCUUCUCCAGAUGGGAGUAUACAAUGCAGAACUGUUUACAAAUCUUGGCCUGUGCUGUUUUUUCGCUCAACAGUACGACAUGACAUUGAACUGUUUCGAAAGAGCAUUGGCUCUGGCCUCGGAUGAAAACAUGGCGGAUGUUUGGUAUAACAUUGGUCACGUCGCUGUGGUAAAGAUUCGCUUUUUAUAUUAAAAUGAUACAAUGUGAAGAAUGAAGGAUUUUUGUCAUAUGAUCCGCGCGUGCCUUUAUCGAAAAUCAUCGCAGAAAAAAUCUUAUGUAUGGGGUCCGUUCGCGGUGGGGCAUGAGAUCUUUUACUUUUUAGGGCAUCUUUUUGUUUCAGUGUAAAUAUUAUCGAACUGUGCUUUUUGGUUUCAGGGUAUUGGUGACAUUCAGCUUGCCUACCAAUGUUUCAGGCUCGCUCUGGCAUCGAACAACGAUCACGCCGAAGCCUACAAUAAUCUGGGGGUACUUGAAAUGCGGAAGGGUCACACAGAACAGGUAAAACUUUUCACUGUUCGUUAAAAAUUAUUUUCCGUAGAGGUCACGGUGUCCAUAUGUUUAGCAGGUUGGACUCCUCAUUAAGAGGUCUUAGGUCGAGCCUUUGUCGAAUUUUUCCUCGGGCAAGACACUUAAACACACCCCUCUUCCCGUCUCCUCCACAAAGUAAUGAAUAGGUAGCAGUAAAUUAUCUAGGGGAAUUUGAUUUAAUUGCUGAGGCCAUCAUUGUGUUUCAUAACUCCUUGUUCGAUAAACUUGACAACUGUUGCAUUUUCGAAUGUGAAACCUGAUUUAAUGUUCUUUUCCAGGCCCGCGCGUUCCUUCAGGCGGCGGCGUCUCUCGCUCCUCAUAUGUAUGAGCCCCACUACAAUCAUGGACUGCUGUCACUUAAGGUUUGUCAUUUCAUUCUUUUUUCGGUGUUGAUUAACUGCAAAGAGAGUGCGACUGUUUUCAACUUAACACAAGCUUGCGUUCAGUGGUCAACAAACAGGGUCCGAAAUUACCCUCAGCUGGUCGGCUAAUCUCGUACCCAGAUCUUGCGUCUACCGUGUCACUAAAAUGUAGGAUCUCACGAUUCCUUGGCCGUGGAAGGUCUGGGUACGAGACUACUGGUUAAUGAUGGAACUGAGAGUUUAUUUUUGGGGCAAAGAAUGUUAAAAAUAGUUGCCAGUCAGCAAAUUCUUUCAUUUUUUCGUAGAUGAAAACAGACGGUGCUACUUCAGAUUUUUCUUUAUCACUCAUCCUGAAGCAACCCCACAGUCUCGUGCCUCUCAGUAUUAAACGCUUUGUUUGUUUGCUUUUUUCUCAAUUUAUUUUGUGUAAUUUUGUAGAUUGGAGACUUACAGAGCAGUCACAGCUCUAUAACUAAUUCCUUAGAAGGCUAUCCGGAUCACAGCGACAGUAAAGAUGUCCUAAAUCAACUCAAGGAGGAUUUUGCUGCGCUGUGAAAAGUGGAUAAACUUUGUAAAUGAUUCCACUCUGUGAUAUUGUACAUAACAGAAACGGCUGAGCGCAUGAACUUUUAGAUUUCAAGGUCGUCAUUGGCUGACUGGAGUUAAUUUAUGCACAGCCCCCCUACAUUAUUCGUAGGAAAAAUUCCUUCCUCUGCCCGAAUUGUAGUAAAAGAAUAAUGGGGAUUUUACUCGAAGGGUGACCACAGAUGUGGUUCAGUAAAAACGGCAAUGAAUCAUGGCUUAUUUAUUUAGGACCACAUCCAUAAAGUAAUAAAUAAUAACAAGAUACUCAUAAAAAUGUUUUAGUGUGAAUUUAUUAAGC